CUGGAGUCUCAGGUGCUGCAGAGUACAGGUGCCCGCGCUCUGUUCCCCGGUGCUCCCUGCGCGGAGGAGCGCGGAGGCGGCCAGGCCAGGACCACCCAGGACCCGCCUGGGACCCCCGCAAGCGCUCCCGCAGCCACCAGAGCCCUCCUUCCGCCGCAGUGCGAACCACCCAGAGAGUAUGGAUUGGAGCACUUUGCAUACUAUUCUGGGGGGUGUCAAUAAACACUCCACCAGUAUUGGAAAAAUCUGGCUAACCGUCCUCUUCAUUUUUCGCAUCAUGAUCCUGGUAGUAGCUGCAAAGGAAGUGUGGGGAGAUGAGCAGGCUGACUUUACCUGCAACACUCUGCAGCCUGGGUGCAAAAACGUGUGCUAUGAUCACUACUUCCCCAUCUCUCACAUCCGGCUCUGGGCCCUUCAGCUGAUCUUCGUGUCCACACCAGCUCUCUUGGUGGCCAUGCAUGUGGCCUAUCACAGACACGAGAAGAAAAGGAAGUUCAUUAAGGGAGAGAUAAAGAGUGAAUUUAAAGACAUCGAAGAGAUCAAAAGCCAGAAGGUCCGAAUUGAAGGGUCAUUAUGGUGGACCUAUACCAGCAGCAUCUUCUUCCGGGUUGUCUUUGAAGCUGUCUUCAUGUAUGUCUUCUACGUCAUGUAUGAUGGGUUCUCCAUGCAGCGUUUGGUGAAAUGUAAUGCCUGGCCUUGUCCCAAUACAGUGGACUGCUUUGUUUCCAGGCCCACAGAAAAGACUGUCUUCACAGUGUUCAUGAUUGCAGUGUCUGGAAUUUGCAUACUGUUAAAUGUCACUGAAUUGUGUUAUUUGCUAAUCAGAUAUUGUUCUGGAAAGUCAAAAAAACCAGUUUAACACAUUACCCAGCUAUUAGGUAAAAGACAGGAGGAAAAGGAUGAGGCAACCUGUGCUUAGUUGUCAAGGCCAAGUCACCAUUAUUUCCCUAGGGUCAAGAUUUUUAUCUUAAAUGCAACCAUUUGAAACUCCUGUAGUUCUCAGGUGAAACUCUAAAUGCUUUUGAUGGCACUCUUCUCUUCUAAAGCUAAAAAACAAAUGCUUGAUCCUAUGCCAAAAUUGAUUUUUAUCCAAAUUAGUUCCAAUAAAACCCUGUGCUGGUAGGGUUAUUGGUGCAAAGUAAUUUCACAUUUUGAAGAAAGGAUAUUGGCAUUUGUUUCUGUUUCUUUGAGGAAAGGAGAGAAACACCAGGUCCUAAAGAGGACUCUGAGAAGGAUUGGCUGUUCCUCUUAGGGUUCCUUUUGCCAUUUUCCCCUGAAUUAGAGGUAAACAUAGAGAAUCUUGGUUCCUUUAUUCACUUUGGAAAUUCUAGUAACCAUGGACAAGGUUACCUAAUACUUCAAACUUGGUCAUACUCUUUUUUAAAUGAACGCUGAAAAAUAUGUUCUUUUGAUCUACAAGACAUUCUGAAAACCAUUGUAUAUUCCUACUAUUUCAAAGGCUCAGAUAGUGAUAUGUAGAUGGUGUAUAAUUAGGUACUAUCAUUGAAUUUAAAAUGAGGGCUCUCGGUUAUGAAUAAUUUGCAGGGCCACUAUAUUAACUGGGGUAUGUAGUCCACAAAAGCAUUAUGAUCUCUCAUGUGAAACAAACUAGACAUUCUUAGUGAUGGCUUGACAGCCAAUGGCCUCAUUUCACAACCUUAGGUGUAAUUUUGCAGGAGAAAUAUAGAUAAUGUAUUACCAGCUGCCACCAACUACAGGCUGGCUCAAGAUCCCCUGUCUCCUUGUCAAUGUUUGCCUUUUCCACAACUGGUAAAGGGUGAAACACAAAUUUGAAGAAGUUGCUUGGGACUGUUUUGUUGCCAUAGUAUGAAACAAAAUGGGUGAAGUUACUAUUUUUUAAAGAACAGAUGGAAAGACUGAACUCUAAAUUCUAGUGAUUAAAAAGAGUUUUAUGUGCUUCAAAAGUUUGCUUUUCUCUUCACCUGCUAAUUUUUUUAAGUGAAAAUGGAAUAGGCUUUUAAAAAAAUAGACACUGGUUUAGAUAAGUAUUAAGUAGUUCCACAGGACCAUUGAACCUUAAUAUCAUUAUGAUGUUUGACAUGGUUUUCAAAAAAUGGCACUCAGCAUUCUUCAAUAAGGGUAAACACUUUUCUUUUGUUCAGAAUAGCAUUGUAAAAAAAACAUUUUGUAAUAGUAAAUAAUAGCUUUAAUUACAUGCUUGUAACUAAAAUAAUUUUGUAAUGUCUCAAACAUCAUUUAAAAUAUUAAAAUAUAAAUUCAUGUAAUAGUUACUUAAAAUGUAUUACGGUUUUUAAUAAAAGAUCACAUUUUAAUGCCAUCUAUAGCCAAUUUUAUAUAAGGAGUUUAAUAUUUUAAGCAUGAUAACACCAAAGAGAUAAGUUCCCAGAGUAUCUGUUCACCAUCCUUGAUUCUUCUGCCCAGUUACAGACAAGCUUCUGUUACCAGGGAGGGAGGAAAAAUAAUUUUGUGCUGAACCCCAUGCUGACCCCAACAGGUUUUUGACAAACACACAGUGUGGUGUGCAAGUGGGGUUUGUAGCUUGGAAGAUGUUGGGCUGGGUUCAUAUGACCAAUUUGGCUCCUAGAAUCAUGGAAGUUGACAGAUUAAAGUGAUCUUCAUGGUGAAGGUUGGCUAAGGCAUGAGAAAAAUCCUACAAGGUAUCUUUUCUGUAGGAUUGUCUUCAGGAUUGUCUUUCUGUGUAUUUGUAUGUAAUCAAAGCGGGUCUUAGAAACUGCUUUUUAUUCCUUGGUGCCCACUUCCAUGGGAAAUAAAUCUGAUGGGUCAGUUGUUCCCAUGUGGGUGUCCCACAGGCACUGUCCCUGAGACAGCAGCACCAGCCCUGUCCUGGGUACAAGGCCUUCAAGACAUUUUAUACAUCAAUAAUUAUGAACACUUUUAUGGAAAAUGACAUACUUUUAAAAUGAAUGUAAAAGGACCCAAACCAGCCAACUUUCAUCCAGGUGAUAGAAGAAUGGUAAGAACUAGUUCCUGCCUUUCAACAUGCUCUGCACAAGGCCUGUUAAAAGCAGCACAUGGUUUGUAAGUAGGUAUGUUCACUCUUACAAGCCAUGAAGAUUAUGACUCUCAAAGUCUAAAGGACUGAGUCAAAUAAUUACAGAUGGCCUCUGGCCACUUUUAAGGAUGUAAAGAGAGAUCUGGUCACAGGCCUAAAAAUUAGAGCUUAAACUCUGAAAAUGGUAAUCCUGAAUAUAUAUUUCAAAUCAUUAAUUUAAAAUGAAAGGCUCUCUUGAUUGUUUUUAAAGAUUCUCCUGAAUGACUGUGCUGGGUUAGCUGUGUCGAGUCCAGGACCCCAUGCAGACUAGCCCUCCAUGCCUCCAGCACUGGCUGGGUAAUGCGAGUUUAGGACAUGGGUAAGGCCCCACUGCUACUUCUGUCUUGUACAAGGUGUAUUAAUAAACUAGGAAUUGUGGUCUCAAACAA